CAUCUAUGGAUUCGGCCAAGAAUAUAAGUCCCUCCAUUGAAAAGCAAAAAAAGAAAGAGAGAAAAAUGCAUAAAAUUUCCUCUCAAGGAUGAGCCAAGCAAGAAUGAUUCAUUUGCCCUUUACAACCAAUUCUGACUCCUUUUGGCAAGCAAAGAACUUACCAUCCUCCAUUAAAAUGCUUUACAACAUUCAACUCUAGAACCUGAACAGAACUCAUCCUCAUCCCCAAAACUUUCUUUCUUCCAAAUAUGCAACCCGGAAAGCUGAAACCCAUUACAGUGUCGAUUUUGUUCUUCAAUUUCUGCUUAUGCAUCGUCAUUUUCGGGAUCGGUGGCUGGGUGAUGAAUGAUGCAAUUGAUAAUGGAUUUGUUAUUGGUCAAGACCUUGAAGUUCCUGCGCAUUUUUCUCCAAUUUUCUUUAAGAUUGGAAAUUCUGCCACUGGGUUCUUUGUUGUUUUUUCUUUUAUUGCUGCUGUUGCUGUUGUUGCAUCUGUCCUCUCCGGACACUUCUAUUUUCGUUUAUCUGAUUCCAGCAACCUACCCCCUGCUGCUUCGCUAGCUCUCAUCGCCUGCUUUCUAACUAUUCUCGCCAUGGGGUUUGCUUGGAAAGAGGUUUCAAUAACAGUCAUGAGUGGGCAAUUGAUGGCAUUGGAGGCUUUCGUGAUCAUCCUUUCAGUGACGCAGUUAAUUUAUACUGCAAUCAUCCUGUGGAGCUCAACCAACUAGCAGAUUCUAGAAAUAGUGUUCAACGAACACUCUGUUCGUGGGUUUGUCUUCGAUUUUCUGUUCAUUCUUUAUUUUUCUCGAUUCAGUUCUUCGUCCCGAUCAUGUACAGGGGAAACUUGCAAUGUGCUGGCAGAUGAAGAUGUAUAGACAAUAAUAUGACAAUUGGUGUGCGAAACAAGAAGAAUAAAAUUUCAAUAACUUUGAUGAUGA